AGGAGCAAACACAAUAGAGAAGAUAUGCAGAAAGUUUCGUUCAAGAUUGUGUUUUCAGUUCUCUUGCUCAUUGCCAUGAGCAUGUUUCUUUUAGGAAAAGCGGGGGCUAUAGGAGAGCCGUGUAAAACGAGAUCUGACUGCAAAAUAGUUCCAUGUCUUGGGGAACAAGCUCUCUGCCUCGGUGGUCAGUGCAGAUGCCCACUUCCCUAAUAAUGUUCAACCAAUUCAGAUUGCAGCCAAGCUAGCGCUUGUGGGUGUCCUUAGCCAUAUUGUAUGAAAGGGUGGAAAUCAAAAACCUUUUCACCAAUUAAGGUGUGUUUGGAAUAAAUGAAUUUUGCAAAAAAGUAUGAAAUUCAUUACUAAUUCAAGUCGUUAUGUUUGGUAUGAUAAAAAUUUUUCAUUUCA